CCUCCUUAUCUUAAGAAUAAAAAUUAAAAAAACAAUAAACAAAGCUCUCACAUUUGUUUAAGGCAGAGAAAAGACUGUUCAUCCAUCCUCCUCUCGUCUACCCCCAAGAAAAACAAUUCGUCAUUGCAAAUGAAGAAGAAAGGGAAAGUCUACCCAUCUCCUCCUCCUACUCAACCACCAUCAUCCUCCUCCUCCUCCUCUCGCUACCUCAACGAAGAUGAGUCUCUCUCUGUGCUGAGGCUUCUCCCAGCGACGAUUCUGGUUCUAGUCUCGGUUCUCUCGACCGAAGACCGAGAGGUUCUCGCUUACUUGAUCACGAGAGGAAACUGCGGGAGAGCCUCGACGACAACGAAGAAGAACAAAUCCAGCAAGAACCACCACAAGCCACCCGUCUUCGACUGCGAGUGUUUCGACUGCUACACUAGCUACUGGCUCCGAUGGGACUCGUCUCCGAACCGCGAGCUGAUCCACGAGAUCAUCGAGGCGUUUGAGAAUCAUCAAGGCGAAAACUCUGUUUCGAGGAACAAGUCCAAGAGAGGUAAGAAGAAAGAGAAACCGGGUCGUCGGGUCGAGUUAGUGUCCGAAAGUACAGUGUCGGAGAGCCACGUGUCGACUCCAGAUAACUCGUUGGGGAGGUUGAGUGAAGCUGAGGUGGUGGAACGAGAGCCGCAAGAUGUGGAGGAGGAAUCGACGGUGGAGAUUCCGGCGGCAGCUGGGGCUGAUCAAAAGGGAUUAGCGAGGAAGGUACUACCGGACGUGUUGGGUCUGCUUAAUUCCAGUUUUUGGCGGCUUUGGAAUCCGAACGCGUAAAAUCAUCCAUCAGACCAAAAGUUACUGCUUUAUUUUUUUCUUCUGAUGUUUUUUCAUAAGAAAAAAAGAGAUAAUCCAAUCACUAUGCUUUAAUUUUUUCUUUCUUUCUUUCAUGUCUCUAGAGUAUAUCAAUCACCACGUUGUUAUGUUUGAUAUUCUUGGUUUUUAAAAAAAUGCAGGCAUUAUUAGCUUUC